AUGUAUGUAGGCUAUAUAAAGAAUAAUGGCACACAAGUUAAAGUUCCAUUAGACAACAACUGCUACUUAAACUUAUAUGGAGACGAACAAAAGAAAUAUUUAAGAGUUUAUGAAAUGACGGAUAUGACAUUGUCUAACGUAGCUCCAGCACCGUAUUAUUAUGACUAUGGUGUUGACGCACAUGUAGACCCAAAAAAGCAAACAUUAUAUUUAGAUUAUUAUAGAUAUAAAAGAUAUAAUGCAAUAGAAAAAACGAGAAUAGUAUACUAUUAUGAAGAUGACAAAAAUAAAUAUUAUAGUCAAGAUUUUACAUACCCUGAAAACAUAAGAUUAUAUUAUAAAAAAUAUUCUGACACAAACCAGAAGAAACCCGAAAUAGUUACACUAUAUUUUAAGUUCAAAAGAGACAAUCCUAUAAUAUCUCAUAUGUUUGAUUUAAUGAACCCAGUAGGUUCUAUUUAUACAUCUAUGGAUGUGAGAGGUCCUCAAGCAAUGUUUGGUGUUGGUGCAUGGGAACAAAUAGUCGACAG